AUGAAGCUAUAUUGUCUGUUCUUAAGAAAACCAAAACGAAAGGUCGCCACGUCGUUCCACCUCUCGUUAUUUACUGUGCUCAGUGCUAGCAGUGAAUCUUCUAAUGGCGUCGUCAACCGUUCUACCAGUGUACGAGCACAUCAUUUGCUCAACUCCGAAGCCCAGGUUGUGCUCAACCGACCGCAAGCGCUGAAUGCUCUCUGCAAUGCGCUGGUUACUGAACUCAACGACGCGCUGUCUCACUUCGAUAAAAGCAGGAGUAUUGGUGCGAUCAUCAUAACUGGCAGUGAGAAGGCUUUCGCUGCCGGCGCAGAUAUAAAGGAGAUAGCGGAGUUGUCAUUCUCGGCCGCAUAUUCAGAAGAUAUUGUUGCCUUGUGGUCGCACCUCGCGAACAAUAUCCGGAAGCCUGUCAUUGCGGCAGUCAAAGGCUACGCGUUGGGUGGAGGCUUCGAGCUCGCGCUCAUGGCGGACACUCUCUAUUGUACCUCUGAUGCAAUGUUUGGUCUGCCGGAGAUCAAGUUGGGGGUUAUUCCCGGUUCUGGAGGCUCGCAGCGUUUGACGAGAAUUGUUGGAAAGAGUAAGGCUAUGGAGCUGAUUCUAACAGGCGAAUAUCUCACUGGUAAGGAGGCCGGGGAGUGGGGACUUGCGGCCAAAGUGAUUACCGGUGGAAGAGAGGAAUUACUCGCUGCUGCUAUCAAGACAGCGGAGAAAAUCGCCAGUUACGGCCAGAUUGCAGUGCUAGCAGCCAAGGAGGUGGUCGGCAAGAGCCAGGAAUUACCACUCAGAGAGGGUACAGAGUAUGAACGACGACUCUUCCACGGGCUGUUUGGAACAGCAGACCAGAAAAUCGGAAUGACCGCCUUCAUGGGCAAGAAAAGGCCCGUCUGGUCCCGCAUAUAG